AUGUCGAAUUCAUAAAACAAGAAGCUCAUCAACAUUCUUGUAUAUUGCAAUUAUGUUUCUAAUCAUGCUCCUCUUAAAGCUCUUAUAAAGUUGAUCUUACAAUAAGCUAACAACACAUACUUUAAACAAUCUUUCAGCAAUCUUUCUAUUGAAUUGUACUCAAGAGCUAAAUAAUAUCAAAAGGAAGCCAUUCAUAAGAAUACAAUUCGCAGUACAAAUGAACAUUAAUCAUCUUUGAAUGUUCAAUCUGCCUAUUUGACUAGUCAUUCUGCAAACAUACUAUUUCCUAUUUUGAUAGAAACCAUUCAAAGUAAAAUUAGCUUUUGGAAUAAACUAAUCAAUGGAUAUCAAGACAUUGAUCAUUAUUUAUUAGAGUCACUCAAAACUACUCAAAAGAUGCUAUCAUGUAAAAAAGAAAUAGAGAAGAGAUUUGAUAUGGUAAAUAACAAAUUAAAAGGCCAAUAAUAAUCAGACAUCUUGACAUUAAGAAUUAUUUAAAUUUAUCAUUCAGGAAUAUAUUCUAAUGCAUUUUAGGCUUAUUAAAUAGAAAAGUCUAUUGAAGAGCUUAUAAAAAAUGAAAGAUACAAGCAAGAUGAGACUUUAGAUAAUAUGCAAUUGAUAUAAAGUAUAAAAUCAUAUAAUUCAUUCUCUAGAUAGAUUAAUAAUCCUCAAGUCUAGUCUAGUAAAAAAGAGAGGAGAACUGCUAAACUUAAAUGUCAGACAGCUGGCUCUUUUCCUGAAUGAAAAUGAAGACAAUCUUAAAGGUAUUAAACAUUGCAAUUAAUUAAUGCCAAAUUUCAUUUCAUCAAUCCAUGAAAAGUUGAUGGACAACUAUUUAUAAAGAGGAUACUCUAAACUUAUGAUAAAUGGUGAAGCUAGCUUCUGUUAAAAUAUCUCAGGAUACUUAGAGUAAUGUAGUUUAAAUUUAUUUAACUUUUUUGAUGACAAGGAUGAUUUUAUUCUAAAUAUGAUAAUUACAAAGCAAUAAUCAAAUAAUGAAAUUAUUUUAUUUGGUAUUGAUGGGAAGAUCUUAGGGUUUACCAAAUAUUUUUACGAAGAAGUAUUAUAAAACAAUGUCAAAAUGAACUUGUCUCAUCAAACAGCUAAGGAAUAGAAUAGUAUAAAAAUCUCAGUGAAAGAGUUCUUAAUCAAAAGUCCCCUAAUUCAAUUUUAUAUUCCUGGAAUUGCAAGUUAAGUUUAAGAAUUAAGGCAAUAGAUAGUAUCGUCUUCAAAUUACUUGAUGAAUAAUCUUAAAUCAUUUUGGAUUAUGCCUAAUAACCACUUAGAGUGUUUGUAAAAUUCUUAAUUAAUAUUCUCUCAAUUCAAGAAAAGAAAUGAAGGAUCAUAAUAAAAUUAUCGAUCCUACAAGUCUUAAACAUAUUCAAAAUAUUCUUACAAUACUGUAAACACACAAUUUGAUAUGCAAUAUGAUGACACUGAAAUGCCAGCAGAAUUGAAAUAAAAUAUAUCAAUCAAUGGAAUUCCAAUCUUAAUAUUGCAUCCUGACGUGGAAUAGCAAAUACAAAGACUCGUCGAAAUAAAUGACUCCUUAUCUAAGAUACCAUAGACAGGAGUCUUUUAUAGUCUUUAAUUUAAGACUUUGAAUUUCAAAAGAGGAAAUUAUGGCUAUUUUAUGUUAACAAUCAAGGAUUUCAAAACUAUUUCAAGUUAAACAUUCAACAAUCAAUAAACUUCAAGAACGCAAUAGUCAUUGUAUUAAACUCUAAUACCAUCCUAAGAAUUUUCUGCUAGUUAUACAAAAAGUCCUAAUUCUGUUUCUUAAGAUAUAAGAAGCGAGAAUCCUGAUGAUUCACAGAUUCAAAUCUAAGAAGUAAGGUAAAUGAAUAACAAUUAAAAACUUAAUGAGAGUUCUGCCCCUGACAAUAGUUUUAAAUUUUAAUUAAAAUAAUCAGACAGAUCUAAUUUAUUUGAUUCAAGUAGAUAACCACUUUUUGCUAGACCCAAAAUUUUUGAAAUAGAUAUAAAUGAGGAAGUGGAACAAAUCGAAUUGGAUAUGCAGGUAUAUUUGAUUUUAUUUAUCCUAAUAGGUAAUAAAAGAAUUAAAGCAAGACUAAAUAGAAGAGGAUUAGGAGGAAGGAGAAAAAAAAGUUUAGUCUGUUAGUCAAAGCCAAAAAAAAAGUUCAAAUAUUCUGCUGAGGUUUCAAACUAAAUAAAUAAAAAACUAAGAAAACGACUUUGCAUCUAAUCCUUCAAGAACUUCAACGAAUUCUACUUCUAAGGAGUCUCUUUUUAUUGUCCAAUAACUUUAUCACAAUACUUAACUAAUCACUCCCUUGAGAAAAAUAGCAGUAUUAUUGUUUAUAAUAUGCUCGGGAGUUCUCAUAAGUAACAUUAUUAAUGUUGAAUUUAUAUCUGAGAACCUAAUCUCUCAAACAAAUUCACUUGCUACUCUAAGGCAACCUUAAAAUCUCAAUUAUUUUUACACCUCUGAAGUUUUGUAGGAAUGGCACUUAAUCUUAAUUAAAAAUAAUCUAUUAACCCUCAGUCCAUUUAUGUUUUAAAGAAAUUUAGAUACAUUAUAAGGAAUGUAUGAUUAUGCUAGAACGUCACAAGUGGAUUUAGCAAUUGUUGUACCAAGAUUAUCAAAGGAGCAAAAUUAAUAGACAACAAUGUAAACAAGAUUUUAUUAAGACAAAUCCAUUGUCACUAUUGAGUAUCCCUUGGAAGAGUUUUAUUCAAUAUUGUACUAAAAAACAGAGACUUCUUAUAGAUAAUUUAUUAAUAAUGGGAGUUAUGAAUUCCCACAAAUUAUGCCUUAUGGGGUAGUAAGACUAAACUUAAUGGACAUGUUGGACUUUCAUAAUCGAUUAAUUCAAGUUGUAAUUGCAAAUACGAUUGAUAAGUAAAUUUAAGUUAAGUAAUAUUUUUUAUCUGUUAUGAUUGGAGAAAUGCUUAGCAUAUUUGUAAUAAUUGGAUUACAACUUAAAUAUUGGUUAUUUAUUGAUCAUAUUGUAAAGUCAAUAUUGUUUUUAAUUUCUAGACUAAAUGAAAAUUAAGCAUAUGAUUAGAUUAAUCGAUUGUCCAUAAUUAAAGAAUAGUUAGAUAAUCAAAUAAAUGGAAAUUGGAAGCUGUUUAAUUUUGGUGAUAUUAUGUAUGGUUUUUCUGAGAGGAAAGCCAAAAAGAUAACUCUCAAGUCUAAUAUUGAAUUAGGUCAGAACAAUAUAAAAGCGACUAGUGCUUUAUAUUCUCGAAUAUAAAGAACAUACUACCUUAAUAGGAUCAAUGCCUUUAUUACAUUUAUGAUUACAAUAUUUCUAACUGUCUAUCUGAUGGCAGGAUUCUUAUUACACAUGUCAAAAAAUGAUAAUUUUUAACCAUCUCUAACAGUUACCUUGAAAUUUGUGUAAAUAAGGCACAACAUGGAUUCAUUAACACUAUUGGCCGGUCUAAUUAAAGCAGAGCCAAUAGUUCCCAAUCUUGAUCUUCAAUAUUUAAACCAAACUCAAGCUUGUUCGCUUUUAAUUGAAUAUAGGGACAAUUUGUCACCGUUAAUUAAUGAAGUAGCUUAGGUAAUUUUAGAGAAUGCAAAUGCAAAUAAUGUAAAAAGCAGAUUUGAUACAAUACUUAAUUACGAUUUAUGUCUUUCAUCAACAGCCGCCACAAUGCCUAUUUGUGAUUUGUCAUCAAUUAAGUUACAAUACGAUUAGUAAGUUAUUAUAUAUUAUGAAUAGGAAAGAUAAUUUUAAAAGCAUAAUCAGCAAUGGAGCAUUAGGUUACACUGCAGCACUAAUUAAAUUUAUAAAUUAAGAAUACGAUUAUGAAAUUUAGAAUUUAAAAUAUAAUUUUGAUGAGACAAAUAAGAUCACUAUUUAAUCAUAGUCCUUUUAAAAUUUUUUUUUGCAAUACUUCACUGAUAUAUAGACGGUUAUGAGAUAAUUUUUGGUGUUAUUCUAAGCAGAUAAUCUUGCUAUAGCAGAUGGGAUCAUUAGUGUAGUGCAAGUGUAUUAUUAUGGAGUAGGAACAUGGUAUUUAAUGUUAUUAAUAUGCUAAUUAGUUUGUUUUUAGCAUAUAUACUUCUGAGCAUAAUUUGGGUAUACAAAUCAUAGAUGAAGAUUUAGUCUCUGAGAUAGGUAUUGGUUCUGAUACCACCUGAUCAUAUUUUAACAACAAAUGUUCGUAGUCAAGCGAAAAGCAUACAUUAAAUGUUGUAUUGA